AUGAUUUCGCGUCCUGGAGGCGUCCUAGACCCUACAUUGGGCCAAGGAGGUGGCAUGGUAGUCAAGGACAUUGAGGACUGGAUACUCGAAGCAUCCGAGCAUUCACCUCUGAUGGUGCAAGCAUUCUCGGUGGCCAGAUUUCCAAGAAACCUGUCUGAUCCUAUAGAUCUUAGCAGGCUGGAACUGAGUGACAGCUAUCAAGCAAACUACCUGCUGCUAGACCACUCCACCUGUCUCAUGAGCGCCAGCUCAGCUCCCAACAAAGAGACAUCUCCCUUCAGCUACACAGUGGAGAUGAGCAGAUGUUUGCCUGAAACUGAGAGCUGGACCUGCGAGACAGAAGGAAGGCAAAAACCCAGCCCCCAGGAGCAACAGACUCGCUCGAAUGCCAUCAACCUGAUACGUGCCAGAACCCUCACUCGUCUGUCGCCCACAGAGGCUCCAUCCUUAGGAGAUACAUGCAGCCUGUCCAGCGACCCAUUCCACUCGUCUAGUGCGCAAUCUGCAUAUUCAGACCUAGGCCCAGUUGUGAUAAUGCAGCCAAUACAAGCAUCGAAGAAAAAGAAGAAGAAGAAGAAGCCUCCCAAAAUUCGAAUAUUCCACAAGAAUAGUGAGACUUCUGCGGAUAAAGAUCAGGUCCACAUGAAGAGCGAGUCAUUAGCCCAGCCCUCUAAUGACAAAGACAGAGCAAUGAUGACAGUGACAGAGACCCAGGACCAGAAGAAUCUUCAACAGGGGCAGUUUCCCUUGCAGCAUGAUCUUCUUAAUGAUCAACCCAAGUCACAGAUCUUGUACACCAGUUUGUUCCGAAGUGAGACUCAACAGAGUGAUCCGCAGCAAGAAGGCCCCAAAAACAGUGCAGAAACUCGGAUCCCUUCAUGGAACCCAGCUGGAGACCACAAAAGCAGCUUAGCUACCUUGCAGGACGCACCUGCCCCAAGUGCCCAUAAUCCUUUAUUGGCGCCAUUCCGUCAACAUCUUGAUCUCGACCAUGAUGAUUGCAAGCUCACAAGUUCAGAAAAACAGAAAGGGUCCUUCACUGGAGAUAUCACACCCAAGGCGGCCGGGUGUCUUCAGCAUUUGAAUGUGCCUGCUUGUGACGUCGAAGGGAAGGGUACGACCGCGAACGCGCAGAGCUGGGCUGCGGUUGCGGCGAAGGGCUUAAGCACAUUUUCCACAGGAUCUAAUGUUCAACAUCCUCCUAACUAUAAAAAGGCAAAGCCAGGAUCCUCACAACCGAAGGCCGUCAAAAAGAAGAAGUGCUCUCAACACAAAGCCUAUCCAGAGGACCGUGAAUCUCCCAAGAUAGUCACCAGCCACGCGCAUCCCUCGCCUUCUGAUACCAAAACCGAAACAGCAACAUCGACUCAACCUACCCGAGCCGAUAUCACAAAGGUCAAUUCGGAAGCGUUCUUCUGGCAACUUGAUAGCCACGGGUUCCCCUGCGCCAAGUAUGGUUGCGACAAGCGGUGCAAUCUUUGGGAUGGGAGUACUGUGAUCUGCCCCAAGUGUGGACCAUUCUCUGAGGUUCGGUACUGUAGCAAGGACCACCUCCUCGAGGAUAUCAAAGAGCAUUGGUUAUCCUGCGGCCAACUGACUUUCACACACCCUUGUCGUGAGAAUUCGAUACCUCAAGACGUGAGGAAAGGACCACCUCUAAUACCCUGUCUUCAUCAUUACGAUACGCCUGAGCGGCACCGCCAGGCAGUGUACUUCAACAUCAUGGCUCGGGAGGGUGAUUAUUUCAUAUUUUCCGAUUAUGUCGAUUGGGCACAAGCAGGUUAUCCACGAAGCACUCUCGAGACCCGUUGCGCCAAUCGGGUUCUCCACACCGUCAGGAUUGAAGACAGGGAAAAGAAGGAUAGAUUUCGUCGUGUCCUCGCAGCAUGCCUCUUCAUGACGAUCGAAGUCCACGAACUUGCCGACUACUUAUAUCGGCUGAUCAGAGACGAGCUGCGAGCCCAAGGAAUCUGGUUCAUGGAAGUCGAGGUCAUGCUUAAGUGUCAAAUACAUGCAGAGCUGGCAAUCAAUAUUCUGCCAGAAAUCACGGGAGAAAGACACGCUUGCGAGACCGACUGGGACGGCAAGAACCGUCGACAUUGUCAGGAUGCCGUAUGUCGGGGGGAGUACCGUCGCCUGCUGGGCUCAAUUGAAGGUAAAGGCCACUCCCAUCUCGUCAAUAACCUAGAGGGAACGUAUUGGAUCCUACGAGCAGCAAGGACAACCCACCCGAAGGUGAAUGAUCCAAGUGCACGCAUGCGGGGGCAUGGUUUUGUGAGUGUGGCGGAGGAGGACAGGAGGAUAUACCAGCGCGGAGAAGGUUGGGAUGGUGCUGGAACGGGACCCAUGGAAAUUGAGGGUAUUAAUGCGUGA